CCCCGCCCACCCCCGGCGCCCGCAGGCCAAUCACAGACCCGCGCACGUGACGAGCGCUGCCGGCGAUGACUUCAUCCCUGGUGUGGGAUGACGUCAAAUUCAAGAUGGAUGGAAUCACGGCGGCAGCGGCGGCUGCGGCGCGCGCGAGCCGAGUGUGAGCGGAAACGGGGGCUCGGCGUCGGCCUCGGGGCCGAAAGAGCGGGCGGCCCGCGCCAUGGAGGGCCUGCUGCACUACAUCAACCCGGCACACGCCAUCUCGCUGCUGAGCGCGCUCAACGAGGAGCGCCUCAAGGGGCAGCUGUGCGACGUGCUGCUGAUCGUGGGCGACCAGAAGUUCCGGGCGCACAAGAACGUGCUGGCCGCCAGCAGCGAGUACUUCCAGAGUCUCUUCACGGACAAGGAGCACGAGGCCCAGAGUGUGUUCCAGCUGGACUUCUGCGAGCCCGACGCCUUCGACAACGUCCUCAACUACAUCUACUCCUCGUCGCUGUUCGUCGAGAAAGGCAGCCUGGCCGCCGUGCAGGAGCUCGGCUACAGCCUGGGCAUCUCCUUCCUGACCAACAUCGUCUCCAGAACCCCCCAGGCCCCCUUCCCCACUUGCCCCAGCCGGAGGAAGGUGUUGGUGGAGGAUGACGACACCACCAACCACAACAGCUCGCAGAAGAGGAGUGUCAUCGUGUGUCAGAGCCGGAACGAAGCGCCAGGGAAGGCCGGCGGCCAGAGCCAACCCGAGCCCAGCCAGGCUCCGCAGCCGGCCCCGGCCCCGGCCCCGGCCCCGGGCAGCACCAGCAAGCCGCACACCCCGAAGGCGGCCGAGCUGGCGCACAGCUUGUCGUUGGUCACCGAAAAGUCUUGGCCGAAAGAUGGUCCCGGGGGCCCUGCCAAGGCCCUUGAGCAGCCCGGGCUCGUGGCUGAUGCCAGCAAGGCUGGUCUGGCCAGGAAGAAUGCUUCCCUGCCCCUGCCGGACAGAGAGGUGGGCGAGGAGAAUCUGGGUGCCGGCGCCCAGCUCCCGAAGGGGAAAGCCGUAGAACUGUGUCUGAAAAGGCCGCGGCCCCCUGUACUGUCUCUGCGUAGCUCCUCGGAGACCCCCUAUCUGUUGCAAGAAACACCGAAAGGGGGCGGCCAGGACGAGGACAGAAGCCUGCUGUACUAUUCCAAGCUGGGCUUGGUGAUCCCGUCCGCUGGCGGCGUGGCUCGCCCUGCCGCCCAGAGCAUCGACAGGAGCGGCCCACUCGUCAAGAGCCUGCUGCGGCGCUCACUGUCCAUGGACAGCCAGGUGCCCGUCUACCCGCCCUCCCUAGAGCUGCAGGCAGCCCCGGGGGCCCCCGUGCUGGCCGGCGAGAGCCCGGGCAGCGUGUUCUGUGCCCUCUCCCACAAGUCCGCUUUGAAGGAUGGCAGUGGCGGCGGUGAGAAGCCGGCCGCCCCGGACGAGCGGCGGCCCGCGCUGCAGCCACACCGCCUCAGGUCCUUCAGCGCCUCGCAGUCCACCGACAGGGAGGGCGCCUCCCCCGUGACUGAGGUGCGCAUCAAGACCGAGCCCAGCAGCCCGAUGUCGGAGCCCUCGGACAUCAUCCGUGUCACCGUGGGCGACGCCGCAGCCUCGUCCUCCUCUUCCUCGGCCACGAGGGACCUGCCCGUCAAAGCGGAGGAUGACCCCAAGGACAUGAGCAGACUCCCCGCCAAGCGGCGGUUCCAGGCGGACCAGAGGCUGCCCUUCAAGAAGCCCAAGGCCAGUGAGCACGGGUCCCCCGUGUCUGACGACCCCUGCGAGGCGGGCUCGAGCCCCCCUCUCCUCCAGCACGCCCAUUUCCCAGACUCUGAUUUGAAUCAAGACGAAUUUGGUGAGUUGGAGGGGACGAGACCAAACAGAAAGUUUAAGUGCAAACACUGCCUUAAGAUCUUUAGGUCCAUGGCGGGCCUGCACCGCCACGCUAACAUGUACCAUAACCCCGAGAAGCCAUACGCUUGUGACAUUUGUCACAAGAGGUUUCACACCAACUUCAAAGUCUGGACGCACUGUCAGACCCAGCACGGCAUAGUGAAGAACCCGUCACCGGCCGCUAGUGCCCAGGCCGUUCUGGAUGAGAAAUUCCAGAGAAAGCUCAUUGACAUAGUGAGGGAGAGAGAGAUUAAGAAGGCCCUGCUGGUGAAGCUGCGGCGCGCCAAGCCCGGCUUCCAGGGUCAGGGGAGCGCACAGGCCCCGCAGGCCGGCAAGAGGAACCUGCGCGCACGGGGCAGAGCCGCCUACAUUUGUACGCACUGUGGAAAAGCCUGUCGCUUUCUCUCUCAAUUUAAGCAGCACUUAAAAAUGCACCCGGGCGAGAAGCCCCUCGGCGGCGGCGGUGGCGUCGCUCGAGUCCUUAAGCCGAAGGAGCAGGCUCCCGUGGCGGGCCCCGUGGGGAGCCGGGGGCUUUUCCACUGCCGCCUCUGUAAUGCUAAGCUGUCUUCUCUCCUAGAGCAAGGAAGCCACGAGCGCUUAUGCCGGAACGCAAGCGUUUGCGCUUACUGCAGCCUCAGGUUCUGCUCGGCCGAGCUCAAGCAGGAGCACGAAGGCAGGUGUGAGUACAGGAAGCUCACCUGCCUGGAGUGCAUGCGCACCUUCAAGUCCUCCUUCAGCAUCUGGCGGCACCAGGUGGAGGUACACAACCAGAACAGCAUGGCGCCCGCCGCCAGCUGCCCCGUGCUGGACCACAACGGGGACGUCGGCGGGGCCUGCAGGCCGCAGGCGCAGCCCGAGCCCGACAGAGACAGCCACGCCGCCGCCCAGGACGCCAGUGCCUGCAGCGAUACCUCGGAGCAGGUGCACUUGGACUCGGAGGACUCCUGCCUCCCCGAGGAUCUCAGCCUGUCGAGGCAGCUCAAGGUCCAGGUGAAGGAGGAGCCCGCGGACGAGGCCGAGGACGAGGCGGCCGCCGCCAGCCCGGCCCCCAAGGCCGCGGGCCCUGAGAAGGGCGCGGGCCUGUGGCCCUGCGAGAAGUGUGGCAAGGUGUUCACGGCGCACAAGCAGCUGGAGCGGCACCAGGAGCUGCUGUGCUCCGUGAAGCCUUUCAUCUGCCACGUGUGCCACAAGGCCUUCCGCACCAACUUCCGCCUCUGGAGCCACUUCCAGUCCCACAUGGCGCAGGCCACGGAGGAGCCGGCCGCCCACAAGGAGGCCAGCGCGGGGCCCGCGCCCACCAACUCGCCCUCGCCCCCGCCCCUGCCCCCGGCGCUGCCCAAGAUCCAGCCGCUGGAGCCCGACAGCCCCACCGGCGGCCUGCCCGAGAGUGCUGCCCCGGCCACAGAGAAACUGUUUGCACCCCGAGAGUCGGACACCCUCUUCUACCACGCCCCACCCCUCUCGGCCAUCACCUUCAAAAGGCAGUUCAUGUGCAAGCUCUGCCACCGGACAUUCAAGACGGCCUUCAGUCUCUGGAGCCACGAGCAGACACACAACUGAGGGCCCAGUCUGUGAAAUGGGUCUUCUCCAGAGAAAACACAGAGCCACAGAGGUCGGCGGUGCUGUGCCUGAACUGCUCCGGGUCAGUCGGAAUCCGU